GGAGGCGGCGUGGCUCCGGCCUGGCGCGGCCUUUAAGGAGGGGGUGCCGGCGGCAUCGGAAGUGUCCCCUACCGGAGGCUGCCCUCGGGGUCGGAGGCCGCAUGGCCGAAUGUGGACGGGGGCCGCAUGGCAGCGCGGGGACCCCUCCCCCCCCAGAUCCCGGCCACCGGAAGCCCCGGGAGGCCACAUGGUGGGCGGGAGCCGGCAACCCCCCGGCGCGGGGAGAGGCAGUCCUCGCGAGCGCCCAAGGGAGCUUGGAAUUUUGGGGAGGGGGAAGCCCGAGGCCCGGAUCCUGAUCACCCCGGAGAGCCCGCUGCGGGCAUAUGUUAGCGUUCCCCUGCCCUAUGGGCCCCCGGAGCUCUCCCCCCAACUCCGCUGUGAAGUGAGGCGGCCCGCAGGUGUAAGUAGCGCGCUCCCUUGCCGGGCGGCCGGAAAACCGGAGAGACCCCGGCGAUUGGACGGCAGCCCAACUCCUGCGGGCCGAGCCGACAGCGCCGUCCAGUCCCGGGCGCAGAGCUCCACGCCGCGCCCGGUGCGCUUCACCUUGUCAUUGCCCGCGCCGCUGCGUUGGGCCGGGGAGCGCCGGCGCCGCCCGCCCGGCAGAACUUCCACUACUUACUAGCACCAGCGUUUUGCUUUCAUUUUAUUGUCAUUCACCCCUCCCCACUCCUCCGCUCCGCAAGGAGCCCGCAGGCCCGGCCCGAAAGCCGACAGUGCUGGUGCAUCCUGGGAAAAGUGGGAGGGCCCUCGCGGAGAGGCCGGGUUCCUGGGUUCCCUUUGGGAAACGAGAUGGAGGUGUUUGGCCAGGGGAGAAGUUCGAAAACAACUCUGCUUUCCCCUCCUCGGCUGUGUGUGCAAAUGCGUGCUGGAGAGGCGGGAAUCCCCCAAAGAGGCCUUGUGGUUUCCUGUGCCAGUGA